CUUUCCUUGACGGCUCAUCUCAACUGCUUCGCUCGUUUGCAUCUCCAGUGCCCUCCCAUCCUCAGCGUGCUUGUCGCGAGGGAUCUGGACACCGCAUCAUAUCACAGCCCACCAGCGCAAACCAUCGUUGCCUCGAGCGCAUCACAUCUUGACACUCUCACCUCUUUUUCUCUUUUCUCUGGACUCCCUCUCUCGUCGCGCCAAUGGCUGCCACUUACAAGCAGUUCCUGGCCUCGCCCAGCUCGUCGCUGCUGGCUGACAAGGCCUCUCUGCACUAUGUGACGACGCUCACGUCCUUUGUCGGCGCCACCGAGAUCAUCAAGCACCUCAACACCCUACAAAAGCAGGUCAAGAAGAAGAAGGAAGAGGUCCUCAACCUCAUCGACGGCCAGAAUGUCAUCGCUGUCGAGGUCGAUACUUGUAUCGAGUUCGUCACCAGUGGCGGGGCGUACCUGCCCGGCCUCGACGACAACUUUAUCGCCGAUCACGAGGCUUUUCUGCCCAUUAUGCAUAUCGUGUCGUUCGAUGAAGAUGGCAAAAUUGCACAAAUCCGCCUGCAGUGGGACCAAGGUUCGCUUCUCAAGCAGCUGGAGAUCAUCGGCAAAAGUGGACGCAACUGGCCCAUCAAAGACGGCAAGGAACAGGUCAGCUUGAUUCAGUCUUGCGUCAAGUCGUCCGGCUUUGUCCCUGCUCAAACUCAGGCCCAGAGCAGCAAUGGGCACACCAAGAACCGCAACAGCUCGACCAACAUUAUGCGCGAUCCCCAUGCUUCUCUGCAUCUCUUUGGUUCCAGAGAAGAUGUUGAGAAUACCGAGCCUGCAGGCAUUGUCUCUCCCUAUGCUGGCGCAAAGCCCAAGCAGCGUGCCUUUACCGACAUUUUGACCGACGAACCCCAGCACUGGGAUGACCACCAGAGGCGCUCAAUGUCGCCCCACAAGAUGAAUGCCGGCAAGAAUGUCCAGCCCAUUCGCAUUUUUGAGGGACAGCAGCACCCCGAGGAUGAAUCUGACGACGACGAGAAGCCUGAGAGAUACAUCCGCGCUCACCCGGCGAAAUACCAGCACUUCGCCUUGGCCGAUGGUUCUGAAGAGAGCGAAGAAUCCCGCCCCAGCUCGGCAAAGCCCACCGCUAAAGCCCCGAGACCCAAGUCUAAGCAUGACAGCACUUGGUCUUUUGACGACUUCACCACCCCUGUCAAAGCAAAGGCCGGCCGAGGACAAGGAACUAACCCCGAAGCGCGCAACUGGGAUGCAGGGGAGGCACCGGAGCCUGUCAAGGCCCCGGUUGGAAAGGCACGACGCGAUGCUGAGACCCAUUUCGAGCUGCAGGACGACGGAGAACUUCCUCCCGAGGAGCGACGCAUCGCCACUAAGACGAGAGGCGCAAUCCGCAGCGAGGGCCUCAAGAACAACGUCUUUGACCGUGAGGCAGAGGAUCCUUCCAACCGUGCCCUGGGCAACAUCACCAAUGUCAGCAAGGACCGCGGCAAGGACUUUGAUCCUCACUUCACCAUGACGGACGAGCCUCCCGUUCGCGGUGCGGAGCGCCACGCCGUUUCCGAGAGCCUCCAAAAGGUCGUCAACACGAUGAACGCGAGCUGGUCUAUUUCGGACGAACAACCCGCCGCACAGAAGGAAAACAGAGCCCUACCCGGCAAGGCGCCUCAGCCCGAUUCCAAGAUUCACAUUGCAGGCGACGGCAUGGGAGGCAAGAAGGGUGCCCAGAGAGACUUUUUGUAUGGAGGCGACGACGCGGCCGAGCCGCACAAGCAGCUCAUUUCUCGGAAAGCGACCCACGGCACGCAGAAGAGCAGCUUCUGGGACCGCUUGUAAAUUCUCGCAUAUCUUUUUUCUGAUUCUGCGACAAGAAUAUUCUUCUUUUGUAAGUGGUUAGAGUGGGGGAGUGUGUGUGUGGUGGGAGAAAGAGAAACAAAAGAGUUUGCGAUACCCAUGGGCGCUAGUAUGUAUGAUUUAAUGCCCUGCAGGACGCAGCUUAUGAAUCAUGAGUCCUUUUUUACAUAUUAUAUAUCUUAUUUCAUGUCUUUAAGACGUU